GAAAUAGUAGUAGGAACAGAUAAUUACAAUUCCAAGCUUUCUAAGUUAAUAAAUAAUCAAUAAAAUGUACCAUAUAAACCUAUAAUAAGAGUGCUUUACUGUCACUAACUACAAAACAAGACAAAAGCUUGCAUCUACUUAAAAACUUCUUCUCCUCCUUUAUAUCCUCCUUCACUCUUCACCAAACCAUAAAUCCUCUGGAUAUCAUAUAUACACACACACCUUUACAUACAUACGCGAACAUAACAUAUACAAAUAUAUAUAUAUAUAUAUAUAUAUAGAUAAUAUAGCCAUGGGAGAAGGAGAAGCAAAAGCAGAGCAAGCAGCCAAAGCAGAGCACAAGAAUGCUCACUCCGCUUCUUCAACGCCGGAAUCUUACUCCAAAGAAGGCGGCAGAGGCGGUGGAAACGCCCGCCGCGCAAUCUGCGGCGCGAUCUUCACUAUCCUCGUUUUACUAGGAAUCAUCGCUUUAAUCCUCUGGCUCGUCUACCGUCCACACAAACCACGUCUCACCGUCGUCGGAGCCGCGAUCUACGAUCUCAACUUCACGGCGCCGCCGUUAAUCUCAACCUCCGUUCAGUUCUCCGUUUUGGCGCGAAACCCGAACCGGAGAGUCGCAAUUUACUACGACAAGCUCUCGAUGUACGUUACCUACAGAGAUCAGAUCAUAACGCCGCCGCUUCCGCUCCCGCCGCUUCGUCUGGGACAUAAAUCUACGGUGGUGAUAGCUCCGGUUCUUGGCGGAGCCGGGAUACCGGUUUCGCCGGAAGUGGCGAACGGUUUGAAGAACGAUGAAGCUUACGGCGUCGUUUUGAUGAGAGUGGUGGUUUUAGGGAGGCUACGUUGGAAAGCCGGUGCGAUUAAGACUGGACGGUAUGGAUUUUAUGCCACGUGUGAUGUGUGGUUGAGAUUUAAUCGAUCUUCUAAUGGACAAGUUCCACUUCUCGCUCCUUCAACUUGUAAAGUUGACGUCUAGUUUUAUUUUAUUUUCGUAAUUGCUUUCUUUUUUAUCUUUGCGUUAAAGAAAAAGUUAAAUGCCAAAAAAAAGUUUAAAAGGUAAGAGAAAUAGAAUUUGUAAUGUUUUUUUCUUUUCUUUUUAAUAUGGUCUUUUUACCUUGUUAGUGACACUCGAGUCUAGCUAGUGUAAUUGUGUUAGCUUUUCUGUCUCAGAAUAAAUCAAGAGGCAUAAGCCAGAAAUUAUA